UGCCGUCGAUAAUAACUAUGCUGGGGUUUCUGCAUUUGUGGUAUGCUACUACUAUAUCGUAUAUAGCAGAAUAGUUAUUGUACCAAAUGGUAAUUAGCAGCGGAGCCAAAAAAAACCAAGUUUUUCUUUUCGUAAUUACUAUACAUAUAAAUAUAAUAUUGGGCUUGUACUGUAUUAAAUCUGAGGUGGACAUAUUGUAAUAUUAAAUAUCAUUGGCAUAGUCACCUGUAAGAUAACUUUUAUCAUUGUAUUUACUGUGCAUACUGCAGGUUAACAAUGUAUAUGUUUUUUUUAAAAAAAAAACGAGCAAAAAAAGUGCCCAAAUUUUACAAUUUAGCAAUAGCGGACUGGUUUAAAGCACAGAUUGCAUCUUAUCAGUGAUAUCAGUAAUAGUCUGUUCGCAAUAUUGUGUAAGAUCGUAUAGAAGAAAAAAGAUGUUUAAUUGGUGUGUAAUUAAGUGGCCCCAAGGUGAGGUUACAUCAUUCCUGUUGCUAGCAGUUUCUAGUUCACAAGUAGGCCUUUUUAUUUAUUCAUUUCUUAGCUCCGGUCCCAUUGGUUUGUCUGGACUCCGGUGGACACCAUCUGGGUACUUAAGGAGGGGAAACAGAUCACUUUGCACUCCUUGGGGUCAGCAGACAACAUCCACUGGCUCCGACUUAAACGAAAAUCUUUAUUACUAAGAUAUAUUCUUGACGCACUUCAUCUACUUUUGCAGUCGUGGAGGACAUCGUCUGGAAGGACACCAAUACCCUUUGAUAGGAGUUUGCAACGAUAUAAAUUCAUCUUGUGCGGAGACUUUGUCUCUGCGGACCUUCUAAAUGCCUUUCAUUGAGAAAGGGCUUUGGACAUUCAGUGCUGUGAAUGUGUACAAGCAACAAAUUACUUGAUCAAGAUGGGUAAUAAACAAACGAUAUUUACCGACGAGCAGCUUGAUGCUUAUCAGGUAAGCUUGUGUCCAUACCUGUGUUUGGAAUCUGGAUGUCAAGCAAUUCAUUCAAGUGAAUAAUGUUUUAAUGUCUUAAUUAUGUGCAGCCAAUAAACACAUCACUGGAAAACUUUGAAGGCUAAGUGAAGUAAAAAUUAAACAUGUUUUUUUUUGUGUGUGAUUAUUGCACUCCUGUUGUUAGACUAACACAAAUCAUCAUUUUAUUUAUCUUUUUAUUUUCUCAGAUAUUGAAAAGAGGGAAAGUCACUUUAUAAAUAUUGAUUAUUACCAUCUCUAGGGUUUUUGUUGGUCCUAGUCCCCCCAUCAAUUUCAUUUAUGACAGACAAAAAACAAUUUCCUACUAUAGUGUCGUCAGCUAUGGCCACAUUUUUAUUUAAAUAUUGAUAAGCAGAUAGCAAAAGGUCUUGAUUUCAUUCCAAACUGGAGGAUAUCAUGUAAACUGAUCAUCUAAAAAGAUCUGACCUUUUGUUCCCUGUAACAAAAAUCCAGGUUUUCCCAGGGAGAAAGACAUCCUCAUAUGCACAGGUUUAUCAUGUGAUUCGCUGUGGGCUUAAUAAUUGAUGCCAAAGCCAGCGAUGAUGUGCCGUGAAACUCUACUCUCAGGACACAGUUUCUCAAGAGCUUCUCUGGUUACUUCAACUACUCCUAGAGUACCGUUUCUGUUUGUCUAACAGUUGUUAUCUCUAGAGUAUCACUUGAAUUUAUAUCUUUCUUCGGCUCAAAUAGAUCAUUGGAUACUGCAUCAGCGUGCUUCAUUCAACGGGGAAUCUAGAACCCAACAGCUAUAACUUAAGCAUGACUGUAAUGGCAUUUCUAAGUGUCAGCACAUUGUUAUCUCGUGUUAUGGAGCAUAGCAGGUAAGGUUGACUUUAGUAGGUGUAUCGGUGAAAGCAAAAGGUGCAGUCCCUUGAGCUCAUCUGACUGCACUCUAACACCCAGGGGAGUAGCUCAGACAGAAUUCAUACAAAAGACAAAUGUAAACUGAGGUGCCCCCGGUAGAGCCGUUGGAUAAUGCGUGUGCCAGCACAUGCAUGUCAGACAACAGCAGAUUAUGUUCUCAUGUACUUAAACGCAUCAUCGUUUAGGAGAAACCAGACACCCCGCUCAGUGUUUUACAGUAAUGAUUCUUCACAGAUGUGUCAUUGUGAGCAUUUUAUGCAAAUUUCGAUUGCACCUUAAAGGAUUUGUCAUCAUGUGCAGUGCUAUAAAACCUUCAAUUCAAAGUAUUUGUUUUUCACAUGCUGUUUUUCUCUCAUUGCAGGAUUGCACGUUUUUUACUCGGAAAGAAAUUCUGCGGCUGCAUGGCAGAUACCAUGAGCUGGCUCCACAUCUUGUACCAAUGGACUACACCAAUGAACCUGAUUGUAAAAUCCCAUUAGCCUUAAUAGUCAACAUGCCAGAAUUAAAGGAAAAUCCAUUCCGCAACAGGAUCGUGGAGUCAUUCUCAGAGGACGGGAUGGGAAAUCUUAGCUUCAAUGAGUUUGUGGACAUGUUUUCAGUCCUGAGUGAAAUGGCUCCUAGAGAACUCAAGGCCAUAUAUGCCUUUAAAAUAUACGAUUUCAAUGUGGAUAAUUACCUGUGCAAAGAGGACCUGGAAAAGACUCUGAAUAAGCUGACAAAGGAGGAGCUGACUCCUGAAGAAGUUGAGCUGGUGUGUGAGAAAACCAUUGAGGAGGCAGAUUUGGACGGAGACCACAAACUUUCUUUUGCUGACUUUGAAAAUAUGAUAUCCAGGGCCCCGGAUUUUUUAAGUACCUUUCAUAUAAGAAUCUGAGAGGGUUGGAUGGACAGCUUCUAAGUUGGCUGGACCUCAAGACUUUACCUGAGCCAUGUCCUGAUCACAGCACCGUGGUUGUCUGUCACUAUCCAUCGCCCCUCUCUGACCUUUACUGCAGUCAGAACUUGAGAAGAUGGAUUCUGAUGACAGCAAAUUUUCUAAACCCUGUAAUUAUUUUGAAACCAUGAAAAGGCAGCAUAUCAAAUGUUUGAAUUUGAUGCUAAAAACAAGAAGAAGGGCUAGAAAAAUGAAAAGCUGACUAAGACAAAAAAAUAAUCACAGCUACCAAGUAUCAUAGUUAAAUAGUAAUGUGACCGGGUAUAAUGAAAAAGAGCAACUCAGAGAAAUGCAUUAGCUAUUAAUUGUACUACAUAAUCUAAUCAAAAGUUCAGAGAAGAUGUUGUCUUCUCAAAAAGAUGUCUCUCUAUGCAAGAACAAAACUAAAAACCGAUACUGAACGACACACUGUAUUAAAACCAGACAUAUCAGCAGUGAAUAUCAUUGCUUGGUCUCAGGAACACUUUCAAAACCAUUAUCAUUGAAACUACAUUGCACAUGAUUCCCUGUGAAGUCUUUCUGCAGUGGCACCUCCAGAGACAUCCAGUAUUCAUAGAGCUACAGAUAAAACUUGAAGCACAGCAGCAGGAUUAGGGGAUAUUCUAUAGCUAUGCAAUAAAUUAAGUAUUUAUGUUAUUAUUGUGCUCGUACUUUGCUUGAAUAUAAUGACAGUCAUGUUGUACUGUUCUCCAGUUAGAUGAAGGGCUUUGUCAUCCAAACUCUUUGUGGUAGCUUUCAUCAUCUGCCAUUUACACAAGAUGUCAGUUACUGCCAUGUUUUGGAUAUGUAUUUUAUAGGACUUCAUGUAAUGUCUUGUAUUUGUCUUCCUUUGAAUAAAUGUUGUUUUCCAGUGUGCUCUGACUUAAUGCACUUGUAAUUUACUCAUAACAAAAUAUGAAGAUGUAUGCACAUUAAAAAUUAGGAAGCAUGUGCUUCAGCUUAGCCUCUCAUGUGAGCUAUAAUACAUUUUUAGGGAGGAUGUGAUUAUUAAGACAGAGCUGCCUCGCGUUCACCAGCCUCUGAACAUCCUGCACAUUCGGCUAACUUCAGCAGAAAGCUGGAGGAAAUGGUUUUGGCUAUGUUGGUUGAUGAUUAACAUGUGGUGGUUUCUUGGCUGGAGGAUACAGAUUUGCAUCAGUUAAACAUGGUGUACUAUGUUUUAGAUUUCAUGUUUAGCUCGGUAGUUCUCAUGAGUCAUACUGCAGAAUUGGUUGAUAGGUAUAGCCAUACAUGCAGACCUUCACAGUCACUAAGGAGAUUGGGUCGGCUGAGGCUUAAAUCUGAUUUUUCUUUCUUUUUGGCAAGUGCAAUGAUUGCAAAAUGGUCUUGACAAGUUGAAAGACGGCCUUGGCCAAGUGCUGAGGUGCUCAAAUACAGAAAAGUCACACACAGAGAUACCGUUUGAUGUUGUGUGUUUUGUGGAAAGCAUUUUGGUAUUGGUAACACAAACUGUAAAGUGUUGUGAGCUCCUAUGCCACCACAGGCCCAGACAACAGGCAGAAAAGGUAUGCAUGGUGCAUCUGAGCAAACUCCAUGUUUAUGUGCAACACCUCAUCUGGAUAAAACACAAGUGCAGCAGUAAAUGGAAUGAAUUCUCCUCAACUGUACUCUGAAAAAUGAAGAGAGGGAAACUGAGGGCCUUAUUUUAACUGACAGUUAAAAUCUGUUCAGCUGUUGUGUUCAGUUUAAUAAGCAAUCACCAGAGCAGCUAGUUAAUUCUUCAGUGUCUUAUCUGAAGAUUCAUUUAUGAGGACAGCAUCAAAUAUUCAGGGCAGUAGAGUGCUG